AUGUCAUCGCACGGGAGGCCAGUAACUAUCCGCAAAAGCUGCCAGUUCUGUCGUACAAGGAAGAUAAAAUGCUCCGGGACGGCGAGAUGUGAGGCCUGCACGGAGCGAAACCUAGAUUGCGUUUAUGCUCCGGAGUCAGCGAAGGGAAGGCCUCGCAGGAUAUCCGCGUCUGCGGCUGCACGGGCGGCUGCAUUGAUGCAAGCAACGAUCAAGGAAAAUGAGGCACUCCAAACUACAACGUCCUCAACACAAAAUGAUGGAAGCUUCAAGUGCGACAGUUCCACAUAUUCCACUUCGGAUUUCCAAAGAGAGACUUCACUGCUUUCUUCCAAGACCGUUGAGAGCUGGACCCGUCUUCGGCCAUUCAUGUCAUGGAAUCCAAACAACACUAUCGCCCAGGAUAUCGACCUCUUCUUCCGCCAAGAGUUUGGCGGAGAAGGUAGUGCCCCGAUCCCAGACAACCCUUACCUUCGCGCAAUAUCUACCUUUGGGCAAAAGAUGAAAGAUAUUGACGAAUCAAAGACUCCUGCAACGUUUCAACGUCGCGAUUUAUCCGAUAAGAGUUCAAACUCGCCGGCGUCGGAUAUGUCAAGUCCGCCAGCUGAUCAAAUGGAGGUUCAAUAUAGAGCCCCCGUUAUGUCUUACGACGGGGUUUUGACAUUUAUGGCACAAGAAGUCGUAGAGAUGGUAGCUAUUAUGUAUGGAAGGCUGGGUUGUCAGCAUCUCGAGGACUCUGCCGGCAAAUUUUACGUCAAGAGCUGCUUAGCGGAUACGAGUCCUAGGAUGUUCUCAUCCUCUGUACUUAACGGGAUGGCUGCUCAGAAACCUAGCCCCCUCGCCAGAUUUGAACAGCAUCAAAUUGUUCAAAUGAUCGAAAGCUGGUUUAGUCUUCACCCACUCAGUAGUAUUGCGUCUAAAACCCUCUUUCUUCGCCAAUUCCGCGAUGGGAAACAUGACGAAAUCCUGCUUAAUCUUAUGGUCGGCGAUGCACUCUACAUUGGUGACGGUCGCAUUGGUUCCAAUGCUGGCGAACCGUUCUUCGAGUACGCUUGCGCUCUUAUGGGCGCCCGGAAGGAAGAUAAACUCUCUUUAUCAGUGAUGCAAUCAUGUCUUCUUCUUGCAUGGCACAACUUCUGUAUCGGCAAGGGUCGUCGUGGAACCGCAUUCGCCAGUCUCGCCUGUGCGGGCACUAACAAAACGCUCAUUCAGUUAAACGAGAAACCUAUCACCGGACAAGGAAUGAUCAAUGGUGUCGAUAUCGGAGAAGUCGAAACCGAGCUAUUAAAAAAUAUCAAUUGCGUUUUAUCCCUUCUAACGCUUUGGGGAUUCAUGCAAUUUGAUACACCUUUCGCUGAUUUCCUACCCGCCGUACCACUCGCCAGCGAAUCUCUUCCUUCAGACAGACGGUUUUCAAAAGUCGCAGAACUUGAUGAACGAAGCGGUAAUCUAUCCGCCCGCCGUCGUCAAGACUAUAUGAUUAAAUCCUGGUGGGCAUUAAGAAAUAUGACUUCGACUUGUUCGCACAUCUACGCUCUCUACCCGCGCAAUAUCUCCACUGCUCUUGAAGAAUCAAAAAAGGACGACAUGUUCUGGGUCUCGGUGCAUAGACUGAGAGGCAUCAAUAACCAAAACAUCCCACUACUCUGCCUUCGAAUCCGAAAGGUUCUUGAGGAAGCAGUACGCUCUCUCGAAGCAAAGAAGGAAUCGGACGAUUUAAAUAACACUGCACAUUCAGUGCCCGUGGUAUUAUACUAUGUCAUAAUGAUUCACCUACUCUUUCCAAACGUGGCAGAAGAGGAUGACUGGAGCGUUACAUUGGAUACCAUGGUGAAAUUCUUGGAAACAUCAGAGUUUUUGCUCGGAGCACUCGAUAGAUUCGAGUCGGAGAACAAAGACGCCCCAGGAGAUGAUAGAUGGGUCUUCUCGAGGGCUAUGCUCCCACCUGAGACCGCGGAUAUCGCUAUGGCGAAUAUGAUGCUAUUGGGUAUUGAUGCCUGCGGACGAGCUUUAGAGUAUUUUAUCGGAUGUGUGGAUAAGGGGAGUUGGCAGGAGAGCCAAGUUGUAUUGGCACAUAGAGCACGACUACGAGAAGUUGCAAAGGCAUUAUUAAAAGCAGCCAAAUACGACAAAUUGAAUAGUGCAAGGAGACUGAAGGAAGUGAAAAGACAGGUUAAGAAAGUUAUCGGACGACUAGAAGAGUGGAGAGUACUCGACAACCCUGCCUCUCCACCUCAAGCCGUGGGAAGCACACAGCAAGAUAACACUGUCUUCGAAGGCUUCGGAGUUGGAACAUCACCCGCCGCAGCAUAUAACCUUGCAGGUGAUUACACCAACGCCGCAAACUUCGAUUUUUCGAAUAACAUUAGCUUCUCAGCUUGGAGAACCGCUACGGCGAUACCACAACAUCAACUUCCCUCACCGUCUAUCUCGUCAGUUCAGCCAUCGAACCCCGGUUCAACUUCAGGAAACUCUCCGGAAUUUGUAAUGCCAUCCGCCUCGCCUGCUAUCUCAGGUUUGGCCGCUACAGUGGCGAGAUCGAGGUCAAGGUCACGAACCACAAGUCCACCAGCGACUACCACUGCCCCUGGUAUCAAUAUCGACGCUAGUUUUCUAGACCCGUCCGAAAUCGAUUUAGCGGUUGCAGCAGCAGCUAGCAUCAGGCCGGAGGAUUUUCAAGACUUUUCUUUUACGAGCUAUGGGACACAUUUCCCUAGUCCAGAAACAACGCUGUGGGCAACUGUACCGCCGGGUGCAGGUGAGGAUGCUGGGGAUAUAUUGGAGAGGUUGAGGAGGGAUAAUGCUUAG